AUGAAAAAGAAAAAGUCUGUCGAGAUUUUACUCUAUGGUGUUCUAUAUAACCCCAUACCUGUCGGUUGCUUGGUUGUCUGGGUACCACUUGCUAUCACCACCACCAGUAUACAUUUUGGCAUCCCAAUCCCCGACUAUACUACUACUACUAUCACCACCACCGCUUGGACCACACCAUCCCCACAACCCUCUCAUAAGCGGAACAUCAUGGUAUGCCACCAACCAGCAGAAGAAACAAUUACGUGUGCCAACAAUUAUGAUGGAAUGAUGAUGAUCGGUGGUGGAUGUCUUGGUACUACUACUACUACUACUACUACUACUACCUUAACUGACCAAAACAAUGGCGAACAAUCAUCGCGUCAGCAGCUCCUGCGAGAAGAGCAAAAGAAUUGGAACUGCCACGGUCGAUGUCUAAUCUGCGGAUCUAUCAAUCAUCAAACAAUUCACUGUCCGGUAUCACCGUGA